AUGGCGGACGAGGUUGCGGAGAUGCAGAGCGCAUCGGCAGAGAGCAAGGCCGCGCUGGCGACAAGGACUCGCUCGUUUGGCAAGUUGGACGAGGUGCGCAAGGCAAAGAACGUGGCUCGCUUGCUCAAGUUGUACCAGGAUGAGAUUGUGGCUCUCUCGGAGAGGGCAGAGUCGGCCGAGGGCCAUCUGCUGGCUCUUGUUCGCUUCCUCGCCUCGGACUCGCUGCCGGAUCCGGCCACUAUGGUUCCGCGUCGUGUGGUUGAGUCUCUGGAGACGCAGCUGGCUGCUGCCAAUGCCCGCAUUGCAGAGCUGGAGGCUCAGCUCGCAGGCUCACCGCUCCCGCUGGCGCAGCAGCCGCAGACCCCCAGUGCGCUCUCAGCGGUCGCGGAUGCGCUUGAUGACGACGACGACGACGAUGCGGCUGGCUGGGGUUCGGACGGAGACUGGGGAGAGGCAUUUCCCUCGUCCGACGCCGAGCCCCAGCCCGAGCCUGUGACCCAGCCUGAGUCCGAGCCCGAGCCCGAGCCCGAGCCCGAGCCUGCGCCGCAGCCUGCGCUCGACACUGUUUCGCUCGAGGAGCACAACGCGGCCAUCGAGGCAGCUCGGGUGACCAUCGGCGACCUAUCGAACAAGCUCAAUCUUGCGGCCGAGCGGAUCAUGGCCGAUGACGCUCGCUUCGACAAGCUGCGAACCGAGUACACCCAGCACCUGACCGCCAUGCAGGGCCGUAUUACUGAGCUCGAGACCGCCGCUGCCGCCGCCUGCGAGGCCUCCACCGACGAAGUCGACGAGCUCGGCGCCCAGGUCGAGCGCCUUCAGUCGCAGCUCGCCGACGCCCAGGCCGAAAUCAUGAAGCUCAACUCUGCUCUGGCCGCUGCAGAGUCCGCUACCCCCACCCCGGGCGCAGACGCCCGCGUUGCCGAGCUGGAGGAGAGGCUGCUUGCCGCAGAGUCACAGCGCGACACAGCAGAGACUGCCAUCGACGAGCUCGAGAGCCGCAUCAUCGAGCUGGAGGAGCUGCAGGAGCAUGCCUCCCGUGCCCGCUCGCUCGCUGAAUCGCGCGCCGCUGAGCUCGAGGCUCAGCUGGCCGCUCGCGACGAGGCCGCCGCCGCUGCUCCUGCCCCUACCUCUGCUCUUUCCGACGAUGCCGCCGACGGUGACUGGGGCGCUUGGGCUGCCGACGACGAGCCCACGGAUCCUGUAUCCGCUAGCGCUGCAAUCGAUGCAGACGCCGAGCUCACUCAGCUCCGCGAAGCCCUUACCGCUGCCAACAGCGAACUCGCCGAGCUCCGCGACGAAGUUGUCCGCCUCAACGAGGCCCUCGUCGCCGCCCAGGCCACCCACGAGCAGACUCUCGACGACGACGCCGCAGACGCCGACGCUGCAGACGCCGAGUUGGUACAGGUCCGCGAGGCGCUCGCAGCGUGCCAGGCCGAGCUCACCAAGGCCCGCGACGACCAGUGUGCCGCAGUCGAGGAGAUCGCGCGGCUCCACGCGGCACUGCUCAACGAGCAGGCGACCCACGAGACGACUCUCGACUCGCACGCCGACCUCUCGACCGAGGUCGAGUGUCUGCACGCCGCUGCCAACGGGACCCCGGUCGCCGCACAUGCUCCUGCUGCAGCUGCUUUUGAUCUCCACGCCGACAUUGCUGACAUUGCCGCUAACGUCCGCGCCCUCCGCGAGGAAGCCGCCGCCGCCGCACAGGCUCGUGCCCGCGACGGCGCUCUCCAGGCCAUCCUUCUGCAGGCGCUCAACACACUCGGCGCAUGAGCGACCCGGCCUGCUUUACUGUGCAAAGACUGCCAUAAACUCCUCGGGCGAGAC